CCUUCUUGGAGUACAACUUUUGGAGCGGGAUGUACAUUUGACAGCCAACUGUCUCCUCUAUAAACGCCGUUCCGGUAGCGAAUCAAUUGCUUCGCAAUCCCAGAACCAUUGUGCGACUGUGAGAGAGAGAGAGAGAGAGAGAUGUCGGACGCAUACGAGAGAGUGAAAGGAGGGAGGCUAACAUUCAAGGGAGGAGUUCUCGCCACGCGAAGCAAGGAUAUAGAUAAGAAGAAGAAAAAGAAGAAGAAGAACAAGUCCUCGAACGAAGACGACCUCCUGGCCAAGGAUCCAAAUCAAAUCAACGACCCGUCAGCUACGGGUUCGGGUUCGGGUGCGGGAGAGAUUUACACCAUCGACGCGGCGAAGAAGAUGAAGUACGAUGAAUUGUUCCCAGUUGAAGCUAAGAAGUUCGGGUACGACCCGACUGCUAAAUCCAAAUCCGUUGAAGAAGCCCUUGAUGACCGCACCAAGAAAAAAGCUGACCGUUACUGUAAAUAGUUGAAUUAUUACUACAACAUUUAAACCCUAGUUCCUAUUUGAUUAUAUUUUGGGUUUCUUUUUUUCUUGUAUUUUUUUUUUAAUCUACCUCCAUACAUAGAGCUGUUAAUGAA